AGAGCAGUUGUGCCGAUAUCAGCUUCUCUUUUGCUUUGAAAAAUGUCUUUUAUUCAUGUUGAAAAAGGAUCCGACUUUCCAAUUCAGAAUCUCCCAUAUGGUAUAUUUUCUACUGAAGAUGAGCCAAGACACAGGAUAGGAGUAGCCAUCGGUGACCAAAUAUUAGAUCUAAGUGUAAUCAAGCAAUUGUUCACUGGGCCUUAUAUGUCGGGGAAGCAGGAUGUUUUUAACCAGCCAACUCUUAAUAGCUUUAUGGCCCUUGGACACAAUGCAUGGAAAGAGGUCCGACAAGUUCUCCAGAAGCUGCUGGCAGCAUCAGAACCCUUACUAAGGGACAAUAGAGAAUUGAGAUCAAGGGCAUUUGUGCCUCAGGCAAAAGCAAGACUUCAUCUACCAGCAAACAUUGGGGAUUACACAGACUUUUAUUCUUCAAAGGAUCAUGCAACAAAUGUCGGAAUUAUGUUCAGAGGAAAGGACAAUGCUCUAAUGCCAAAUUGGCUUCACCUUCCUGUCGGGUACCAUGGUCGUGCUUCUUCUGUAGUGGUAUCAGAAACACCAAUCCGUAGACCUAAGGGGCAGACUAGACCAAAUGAUGACAAACCUCCUAUAUUUGAGCCAUGCAAGCUCCUUGACAUGGAGUUAGAAAUGGCAUUCUUUGUGGGCCCAGGAAACUGUCUAGGGGAUCCCAUUCCUAUUCAAAAAGCUGAUGAACACAUUUUUGGAAUGGUCCUAAUGAAUGACUGGAGUGCUAGAGACAUUCAAAAGUGGGAGUACAUUCCUCUUGGGCCAUUUCUUAGUAAAAACUUUGCAACCACAAUCUCUCCUUGGGUUGUACCGAUGGAAGCUCUGAUGCCAUUUGUACUACCAAAUCCAGUUCAGGAUCCUGUACCUCUGCCAUACCUUCGUGAUGAAAGUAACUACACAUUUAAUAUCGAUUUGUCUGUUUCCAUCCAAGGAGAAGGAAUGAAGGAACCUGUUCAUAUAUGCAGAUCUAAUUUUAAGUACAUGUAUUGGACUAUGAAACAGCAGCUUGCCCAUCACACAAUCACUGGAUGCAAUGUCCGGCCUGGGGAUCUGCUUGCUUCUGGAACAAUAAGUGGGCCUGAUCCUGGAAGCUUUGGGUCACUGCUGGAGCUUUCCUGGAGAGGAAGCAAAUCAAUUGACCUUGGAAAUGGACAGAAGAGAACAUUCUUGCAAGAUGGUGACACAGUCAUUAUAACAGGUUACUGUCAAGGAGAAGGUUACCGCAUUGGAUUUGGACAAUGCUCAGGAACAAUACAGCCUGCAAAAUAAAUGCCAACUGAUUGUUAUAAAAUACAGUAGCAUGAUAGCAUCCACAAACUAAGCAAUGCAAUUUAAGACAUUACCUUUAUUUAAAUAAAAAAAAAUGUUAUAAAA